AUGAUCCACCGCGAAGUAGCCGAUGGUCUAGAGCGUCUUUGGAACGUAAGAGUAAACUGCAUAUGGGAAGCCGAUGAAAGUAGUCGCCAUGGAGAGGUUUAUAUAUUCGACCAUGUAUUUAAGCAGGAAUGUACAAAUUCAGAUGUAUAUGGAUCUGUAGUAAAACCUUUAGUCGAUUCCUUCAUGGAAGGUUUCAAUGCCACAAUAUUUGCAUAUGGCCAAACAUCUUCUGGCAAAACACACACCAUUUUGGGCAAUAAAACAGAUCCUGGGCUUUUCCAAUUAGUAUCCAAUCAGUUAUUCCAGCAUGUGGCAGACCAGGUUGAUAAGAGGUACUUGAUUAGAUGCAGUUAUAUUGAAAUCUACAAUGAAAAGAUCAAUGACCUCCUGGAUAAGAGCAAUCAGGGUUUAACUAUAAGAGAAGAUAUCAAAGGAAAUGUGCUGCUUGAUGCAAGGGAAGCUGUCGUAGACAAUGUUGAUAAAGUUAUGGAGAACAUGAUGCAGGGCAAUAAGAUCAGACGAGUUGCAGCUACUCGCAUGAAUGAGAGGUCAUCUCGAUCACACACGAUUUUCCGGAUUAUUCUGGAGUCGAAAGAUGCCAAUCAGAAAGAUGGACCUGUACAUAUAAGCUACCUUAACUUAAUGGACUUAGCUGGUUCUGAGAGAGUUUCUCUGACGAAAGCUGCUGGUGAGCGUCUUAAAGAGGGGGCUAACAUAAACAAAUCUUUGUCAGUAUUAGGAAAUGUGAUAAGGCAACUAAGCGAGGGGAAGGAGUUUAUCAGUUAUCGCGAUUCGAAAUUGACUAGACUGCUCUCACAGGCUCUUGGCGGUAAUGCCAAAUCAUUGAUUAUCGGGAAUGUUACUUUAGCUGCAGAGGAGGAGACUAGAUCUACACCAGAAUUCGCCCAAAGCACUAAAACUGUCAAAAAUAAACGAAAGUAA